UACCUUCACUAUCUCCUCCCUCCAUUUCUACCUCCUUCAACCUUUGAGGAGAUGAAGAGAAUCCCAAAAGAAUUCUUAAACUAAGGAGGAAUUGAUAUACUUUUGCACAUUCUUGCUAGUGGCACUGCAUGUGCUUUGGAAUCCAGAUAAGCCUGUCUUUUUGCAAAUUGCCCUUGCAUCAACCGAAAGUCCAAACGAUAGCUAGGUUACUCCCUCAAGAUACUUGUACCUUCUGCAUAUAUCUAUCACUCACUUCAAGCAAGAAGGGGGUUCAUCAUUCAGAGAGAAGAUAUGGAUGAAGAGGCCAAACAGGAAGAGGCUAACGUCGAGGCUAAGCCAGAGGAGAAGGCAGAAGAAAAGAAGGAAGAGAAAGUGGAAGAGAAAAAGGAGGAGGAGCCAAAGCCACCUUCUCCCCUCAUUUUGUACGUGGACUUGCACUGUGCUGGAUGUGCCAAAAAGAUCAAAAGGUCCAUCAUGAAAAUUCGAGGAGUAGAGGGAGUUGAAAUUGACAUGGACAAAAACCAGGUGACUAUAAAAGGAGUGGUGGAGCCUCAAGCGGUGUGCAAUAGAAUCACCAGAAAGACCAAGCGAAGAGUCGAAGUGAUCUCUCCACAGCCUCCGGCUGAGGGCGAACCACUUCCCCAAGUCGUCACUUCACAGGUUAGUGAGUUAAUGACCGUGGAGCUAAACGUCAACAUGCACUGUGAAGCCUGUGCUGAGCAACUUAAGAAGAGGAUACUCAAAAUGAGAGGAGUUCAAACGGCGGCGACAGAGUUUAGCUCUGGAAAAGUCGUGGUCACAGGGACCAUGGACCCGAACAAGCUAGUCGACUAUGUCUACAGACGAACCAAAAAGCAAGCCAAAAUAGUCCCGCAGCCGGAGCCGGAAAAGCAGGAGGAGAAAAAGGAAGGAAGCGAACCGCCGGGAGACGUGAAGCCGGAGGGGGAGAAGGAGGAGGAGAAGCCGCAAGAGGAAAAGAAAGAGGGAGAUGACAAGCCCGAUGGAGGGAAAGAAGAGAAAGCGGAAGAGGCCAAAAUGGAAGGACAGGAAGUGGAAAACUUGGUCGUUUACAGCGAGGACAGUAUGAAUAGGAUGGUGUACCAUUAUCAGCCGCUUUACAUUGUCGAGAGACUCUCGCCAGACUCGCCUCCUCCUCAGCUCUUCAGCGACGAGAACCCGAAUGCAUGCUGCGUCUCUUGAUGAUGACAUGGCCAUGGUUACUAUAAAUAAGUCGCGAUAUAUGUCGAGGUUGAGUUGAAAAUA